AUGGUCCCUCCCUCGAAACGCGAUCCUACAAUGGAUACAGAUCUGAAUGAGGCCGACCGGCUCGAAGCGCUCCUUGAAAAGGAUGGAUUCAAAACCUGGGGCUUCGUGAUCUAUCGAUGCACGUACCAAAACAAUUCUGACUGGGAGAAAUUCAUAGCUCGCUUCCUAGGCGCCGUCCCGGAGUAUCUUGAGUUUUACAGUGGCCUUGAUCUCCUCGAUACAUUUGCCCCAACGGUCUUAGAAGACCCCUCCUUCGAGGGCGCGACGGUUUCUACCCUACGUAAGCAUUUCAAUCAAUGGGCUAAGGCUUCACGGAGAGAGGAACAGGGUGUUGCUGAAGACUAUUAUGCACGUACCGGCCGAUAUCGGUUUUUUAUUAUAGUGGACCAAGAAGCUAUGGAAUCGGUUCUGAGUGCCCCCGAUGAGUUUGAUGAUGAAACAGGGUUCAUUCGCAUAGCUCGUGCCGAUUGGGAACCAGAGGUACUUGAUGAAGAGGACAUUGCGAAUGGCGAUAUAUCUGACCCAGAGGAGUCCCUUGAGGGGUGCACAGAGCAUGACGUGGGUUGGAUGAAAAUGCGCUGGUUAAGUAUAGAGCUGCCAGGAUUCCACAAGUUACGUGACAUUGAUGACUGGCAAGCGUAUUAUGCUCGGCCUCCGGAGAUUGGAGAUAUACCUUGA